AUGGCUUUCAACAAGAAAGGCCCCAACAACUUUGCGCACUGGAACAUGUUCCCUUUCAUGACAACGCCGAAGACGAAGUACAUUCUCGGGCAGACACAGUCGCCAUUCUUUCGGCUUCCACGAGAAAUACGGGAUACCAUCUACAAGUACUAUGCUCAGAGUCGACCUCGAUAUGUGUACGACAAGGACACGGCAAAGCUACGCUACUCCGAUGCUUCAGCCCAGGCUGAGGGCCUUGGUCUUAUGAUAACCUGCAAGAUCGCUGCAAACGAGAUGAAGCAUGUCGCUUUCCAGAACAUCGAGUUUAGUACGCUUUGCUCUGCAAACGAUGGCGCGGAAUUCCAGCAACUCCGGUCUAGAGUGGCGCGAUUCUCUCAGUUGUUCGAAAUGGUUCAAACCCAGAGGCAAUACAUGCUGAUUUGCGUUGCCGAGCUACUCGAGGAGUCAGACUUUGCUAAUGCUAGGGCACGGUUCCCAGUGAUCGAAAAUUCCUUUGGAAGGCCUCUGCAAGAAGCAGUUGCGCAAAAUCUGGAAAAGCUUUCCGGUAAUAUGGUCAUAAGCCUGGACGAUCACACUAGCCAAGACUUCAUUGACGCCCUAGUCUUCAUACUGGACAUCGCGAAGAAUCGAAAUCCGACAAAUCACAUUCCCCAGAAGCGCUUAAGCAAUCUGCGCAAGCUCAUUAUCUGCGAAGACUUCAAGUCUAGGCCGCGAUCCGUAUGCCACGCAAGAGGCCUCAUCCCCAUAUGCAGAGCAAACCCGAACCUUAGGAUUGAAAGACACAUCAAUCUGUUGGACAGUCUUCUACCUGUAGAUCAACCUAAUGGCUACCGAGGAGGACGUAGCAGCAUAGGUGGUUUCAAUGUCAUGGAGGCUGCCGUUCCAUGGUUCACCGAAAUCUCACUACUCCGCACUCACGGCAUGCCCGAAGGCUCCUUCCAGCUCGUCAUCGAUGGUACGUCGCGAGAAGCUCUCGAGGUAUGGAACGUUAUCAAGCACGCUGCAGCCAUGCAAGGAGCCAUGCUCGAACAAUGUCGCGUUCGCAACGCGCAGCCAACGUCUAGGCUAUAUGAUAGCAUAGCUGGUCGCAUAUAUGGCCCCACGGCUUUACCAUGGCAUCUGCCAGACGGCUUCUCCGACACGAUCCGCCGCACAAUCGAGGGCACGACCAACAUAACAUUCACCGGAGAUAUGGGUGAGUUAUGGGAUGAAGAUGUCUUCUAUUUCCAACGAAGAGACUGGACACUGGAACAAUGGCGUCAUGAGUGGCGUAAUGAGAUUAUCGUGAAGAGCAUCGAUACGGAUUUCUGGAAGCGAUCUAACGCUUGGUAUCAGAUAGACCCUCGAGGCUUCGGUCAGGUUUAUCGGACAGUCUACCAGGGUGAGGUCAUUCGCAGCAGCGACCGACCGUUGUAA